CUGGGCACAGGGGGACGUGAUCAACGUGGUCAGUGCGGACAUCGCCCCCCGGGACCGGCACCGGGGUCCGGAUCAGCAUCACCCAACAUUUACGCGGGAGAAGCAGGAGGAGGAGGAGGACGAGGAGGAGGAGCGGGGGACGGGAACAUGGCGCACGGCCAGCCGGAUAUCAGCCACAUGUACGCGCCCCCCCACCCACACUCACACCCCCACCCGCCCCCGUCCUACUCCUGCAGCGGGGAGGUGUACCAGGACCAGGCAGCCGGGGGUUACCUGUCCACCUCCACCUGCGCGGUGUCCUACCACCCGCCUCCCGCCUACAGCUCUGCGCCCAAACCGGCCGCUGACGGCGCGCUGCUCUCCAUCGUGCCGGAGUACGGAGGCUUCUACCCGCAGAGCUGCCAGAGGGACAUGCACGCCGGCUUCCCGGAGAGGAAGGCCCUCCCGUACCCGCUGGACUCGUUACGGGUGCCUCCGCCGCUCACUCCUCUCAACACCAUCAGGAACUUUACGCUCAGCGCGCCCGAAGGCCCGGCGGCCGCCCCCUUCCCCGGCCACCAGAACCUCCCCCUCAGGCCCAUCUUAAGACCCCGGAAGUACCCGAAUCGCCCGAGCAAGACCCCCGUGCACCAGAGGCCGUACCCGUGCCCGGCGGAGAGCUGCGACCGCCGGUUCUCCCGGUCGGACGAGCUGAGCCGGCACCUGCGCAUCCACACCGGCCACAAGCCGUUCCAGUGCCGCAUCUGCAUGCGCAACUUCAGCCGCAGCGACCACCUGACCACGCACAUCCGCACGCACACCGGGGAGAAGCCGUUCACCUGCGACCAGUGCGGGAGGAAGUUCGCCCGCAGCGAUGAGAGGAGGCGGCACAUGAAGAUUCACCUGCGGCAGAAGGAGAAGAAGACCCCCGCUUCCUAAUCUGAGCCCAAACGGUGCCCCGUAGUCUAAGUUAACCUCAGAAAUAGCCGCAAGUCUCUUUAGAAGCCAUAUCAUGAAGAAAAAAUCAGGGAGAGCCAGAACCCCGGUCCCCAGAUGUGUUACUAUGACUACAAAAUCCACACAAGCCAAGCUGGCCGUGCUGGGAUUAAAUUAGAUGGAAUUUAAAUGGAGUUUGGCGUGAGCGCUCCAAACCUCCAAGAACAACAUCUCACAACCUGCUUUUAGUGAACACUGUCUGCUGUCUAUGCUUCAAGCUCUCAGGGAUUCAGUCACGUGCCGGGCAGCACAGGUGCGACAGGUGAGUCAGGUGAGAGGGUUACUGCUGCUCCGGCUGCUUUCAUUUGGAGUUAAAUGCACAAAAAACUCCGUAUAAACGCAGAGAGACACGGAGGCAUCACAGGUGACUUCCGGAGGAGGACUGUGAGGAAUCGUUAGUGAAAAGCGACACCAGCCUUUUCUAUAUUUGUAAGAUCACAGAAAAAUCCUUUAAAAACCUUCAUUCCAAGUUCAAGGCUGAGUGUCUUCAGACUGCUGGCACUCAAACGUUCCUCUGCACCAUAUUUGAAAAGAAUAAAAGUCCAACACUUUACAGUUUUUAGGAGAAACCAAUGAACACAGGCGCUGUCGUCCGAGUGCACGCAGAUGCCGUGGCUCAGGGGGUCUGCGUUUGGUUUCUGACGUUUCUGUAUGAAAUAAACUCAUUUUGCGCUGCUUUGUUGGCUCUAAUGGAAGAAGGAUGCCAAAACUGAGCGACAGGAAACAACAGGCCACAGAUAAAAGGUUGUUUUAUGACAUUUUACAGUCGUAAAUGAGUAAAAUGACUGGCGUGAAAUUAGGAUAAACAAAAAUAAUAUUUUAUUCAAAUACAUUAGAGAGAAGCUGAUCAUGUUAUUGUGUUAAACAGCCUGAAACUACUUAAAUUAUUUCAAUAUUUUCAAAGUAAAAAUCCUUUUUUUGGGGGGGGGAUCAGGCCUAAAAUGAUUUUUUUUAAAUGAUUUUUUCAAGAUAAAAGCCUUUAAUUAGUUGCUUAGACGUUAUCAAGAUAAUUUAUUUCUGUGAGAAUGUCAAAAUAAAAGGCCUUUUUUUGGUUGUGUGAAACAAAUUACUGGGAUGCUCAGACAGAUGGUGAGCUCUGUUUUCUCUAUUAAAAGCGUUCGCUUAUUUCAAAAUAAAAGCCUCCAUUAGUUAUUGGAAGUUACCACAUUUUCUACAUUUAAUCCUCUAGUUAGUUGGGAAUUCAUCGAGAUUAUUUAAGAUGACGGUUGUUUUUGUUUUUGUUGUAGUUUUUUUUGGGUUUUUUUGUUUUGUUUUUUAAAUAAAAAUCAUCUAUUUAGUUACUGGAACUUGUCUAUUUUGCUAGAUUUUCAAAAUAAAACCAUAUAAUUUGUAAGAAAGCUUUCAGGAUGCUCAGAAAGACCUCAGAUUGUGUGAAGUUAGUCAUAUGUAUUUAACAUAGCAGGUUUCCAAAAUAAAAGCUCCUGUCUUUUCGGGCUUUUUCACAUAAACCUCUAAAAUUUGCUGCUUUUGCUCACUUGAGUCAGCCAUCUUUAUUUUAUAUUUUUAACCUGCUGAGAUACAAGACAAAUAUUUUGGUUAAAAAAAUAUUUAACCAACCUAAAUAAGUGUCCCAUAGCACACCAAACUUCGCGAACAUCGGCUGAAAGGUCAGCGAGAGUUCAGGCCUGUGUUUCCACACACGCGCAUGCAUUUGGAGCAGCAUGGCAGCCACGGCGUCACGUGAACUAAUGCAGUAUGUAGGUGUAUAUGUGGGAUGCAGCAUCAGAGCACACUGAGGGGAUACGGUGAUGUCACAGCUUGAGGCUGGGGUACGCUGUGAAAGGGAUUUAUUGAUUGUAGCCUGAUAAUCUGUUAUUUCCUGUUGUUGUUUUUGGAUUUCUUGCCAGUCAAUGUGAGACAAAGAGAGACAGUAAGUGGGCAAAAAGUAAAAGUUUGUUUUUGUGUGUUUUACUAUUUUAUGCAAAUGAGAGAAAGCACUAAAGCUUUUAUUCUGAAGAAUUGAUGCUUCUUGUCAAUGCAAAUAAACGUGGAACUGUUCAGUCGCUGCUGCCUCUUUUUUUCUUUUUAAUGAAAGUACACACAGGGUAGCUUUGCAUGAUUCUGACUUCAGACUAAUCCAACUUUAUCUCACAUUCAGGCCUCAGAAAAGAAGGAAAAGGAUAAAACAGUCGCCUUCAGGUGUAUAUGACAGACUCUGCCCCAGCUUCCUUAUAUAUGGAGAACUGACAGUCAAAAUCAAAAAUAUAUGGACAAAAACGUGAAUCAGUAAAUGGUCUGUCACUAAAUUGCUAUGUGGGCAGAAAAGGUACCUACUCCAAAAUUUACUAAAGCUAGGCGCGGACUGUGAGGAUACACCCACUGCAACUUUAUGUUUAAAUCAUCUGUUUAUUGUGUCCAAACGAUAUCAACUAAAGCUGAAAUUUGGCCAGGCUGCACAUCCAUGUAAUACCAGUUUCUGCCACUAGAUGGUGCAGCGACCCAGGGUUACCUUUAUUUAACCAAGAGAGAUAGUAAAAGCACAUUUCCUCUGUGAGGACAAAGUUGCUAUAACCAGGGGUGCACAUAAGUGGUCUGCAGGUGCGCAUUCGCUGUC